CAAAGGUAAAUAUGGGUGGGCAGAAUCUUCCAGAAUCAUCUAGCGGUGUGGUCUGUGACGGAAGAUAUUUUCAUUAGAGCUAAAACAAAGUAGAUAUUCGUUUUUGGGGUUUGAAUUCUGAAUACAGGCCUUAAAAUAUUGUAUCGCGUGUAACUGAUGAUAUCUGAAGCUGACUGAAGCAGUGAAUAAAGCGAAGAUCUUGUCACCUCGAUCACACUAGCAGCAUCAGAGACUUUGAAGAUGGACGGGAGUGUGACAGUCAUCACCAACCCGACCGUGUCCGUGCGGGUGACCAGCACCGUCAGCUCCUUCGAGGUCAACCGGAGAUUCAACCGCGGCAUCACGAUCGCAGAGUUCAAGAGUAAACUGGAGCUGAUUGUGGGCACCCCAGCUGCCUGUAUGGAUCUUGAUCUAUUCAGCACUUCAGACAAGUUCUUACAGAAGCUAGACAACAACGAAGCCCUGCUCGGCUCCUAUCAUGUGGAUGAUGACUGCAGAAUACAUGUGACAGACCUCAGUGGUGCGAAGAGCGGAGAGUUCACUGAUUUGUCGAAGGUGGAGAAAUUUGAGAUCUCUGAUGAUGCCUAUGAAAAAAGGGCAGAUUCGAUACGGAGCUUCAAGAAGAAUAUGAAGUUAGGUCGUUUUAAUGAGGAAAACAGGGCCAAACAAGAAGAGGCUCUUGCUAAGAAAGAAGAGGAAGAGAAGGCAGCGGCUGAAGCCAUCGCUGUUGGAAACCGCUGUAAAGUUGAGGUUCCUGGGCAACCCACCAAGAUUGGCACUGUUAUGUUUGUGGGUACGGUAGAUUUCAAGCCAGGCCACUGGAUUGGUGUGAAAUAUGAUGAGCCGCUUGGGAAGCAUGAUGGCAGCGUCAAUGGGAAAAGUUACUUUAAAUGUGAGCCAAAAUAUGGCGCCUUCGUGAAGCCGCUUUCAGUAACUGUGGGAGACUUCCCUGAAGAGGACUAUGGUUUGGAUGAGAUGUAAGACUCACUUGAUGAGCAGUCAGAAGCAUCUGAAGAAAGAUCCUCUUUCUUCAAGUCGUUUGACUCCAUGCAGUGAGACAUUGCUGCAGUUGAAGGUUUUUUGUCGUCAAUGCAGAUCAUUUUGUUUUAUGCUGGUCUGGAAGAGAUCAGCGAAAAAUUCUACUUUAAUUUCCUGCAGGCAAACUCAAGAAAUGAUCUUAAACGCAUCUGUGCCCUGGCGACUGGAACUAGCUAGUAAGGUAAAAUUGAGAACAUCAGUCGAGGUCAGAGUAAAAAAAAAUCUAGUUGAGCUCUAAGAGCGUUCGCUUGCAUGUUGAAUGUUCGUUAUUGAAUUCCUAAGUUCUGCAGCUAAUUUGAGGCCAGGCCGAAUCAUUUUACUUCAAACUAAACCAACUAACCACAAUAGAAAAUUCUUCACAUUUUUGCAAUUCUGUACACGCUGUAUCGUAUAAAUGUCUCAUUCCUCCUUUUUCUGCAGCCUACGACAUUCACAUCGUCAUGACUGUAUUUAGGGUCUCGGUCCCUCAUUCCUAGGCACUUUAGUGAUUAGCUCACAAAUGAGUUGUGUAAUAUAGAAUUCUGUGGCCUCAGUUUUCCAUGGUUCUGUAUUUUCAGUGUAAAUUACAGAAAUGUGACAAGAAUUCUUGCCUUUUUUUUUUUGUGAAAAUUGGCAUGUAACCUUUUUGAUGCAUGUCAAAUUCACAUUUAACAGAAAAGCCUUGUUUUUAUGGAAUUCUGUGUUUAGCAAAAUCUCUGUAUGUUUCAAAUAAAUCAAUGUACCAAUUUUGGACAUCCUGCAGACAUAUGCCCAAAUUGUCUUUCUUCUUAAACUGCCUUAAUAUGCAUUAUGGGACAUGUUGCACUGAAAAACACUGCCCUAAAAUCUUGAUAGCUCGUAGGUGAUGAAAAGCAUUUUUGUUUUUGGUCCACAUGAAGUGAUUGGUUUCAUAUGAAUGUCAGUAGCUACACUACUUUAACAAAUCAAUGCAGACUUAAAAGUAGAAAUGUUUGACACUAGACUAGACGCAAACAUUGAUUGUUGGAGAUAGACGUGCUAGAAAACUGCUAGCAUCUCUUUCUCCGUUCACUCCAUGUUUUUGUCUUGAUUUUUAAAUGUGUAAACAUUCUUAAAUCAAGAUACACUUUGAGAAGCAAAAUGAUUUAAAAUAUUAAGUCUUGCUUUCUGAGAAGAAAAAGUUUCAAAAUGAAGUGGGUAAGAAUUUAUCAUUCAUGGAAUUUCACUUAUUUUUGGUAUUGUAUUACGAUUUUUUUUUUUUUUUUUUUUUUUUUUUUUUGAUGGUUGCAGAAAUAAAAAGAUUUUCAAAUCACUGUCAUUCUUGCUUGCACAUUAUUACUUUAAGAACUUUCAAACAAGCAUCAGCUUGACAACAAUCCUGAGAUACCCAGCAGCGGUGGGCUGUUUUAGAGCACAAACACCGACACAUAUGCAGACCAAACCUCCAGAAAGCACCACCUAGUUGACAGUUUCAGUCGCUGGAUAUUAAAGUCUAACUUAGGCUUAUAUAUAAUUCAUAAUUUUUCUCUUAAUUACGUCAACGAGAAGACAGACUCGGAGAACUGAGUUUUUUUGUUUGUUUUUUAGCUCGUCAUGACUCGUUUGGAGUGAGACUGUAGGACUUUAGUUUAUUGGUAAAGAAAAUGAAUCGCUGUUUGUGUUUAACUUUAAUCUUCAUUAAAUCCUGUCUGGUUUUGUCGUCGGACAUGAGAGAUGUCCAGGCUCAUCGAGCUGAAGGAGAGACAGUGAGUGGAUCAAACAUGUCUAACUAUUCAACAUUACCUCCCAAAUCUGAACCAAUCACCCCAUCUGUGAACACUGAGCUCAUCACAACAAAGAGCAAACACCUGAUUUCUGCAUUUACAUGUACAGUCUGAUUUCCUACAUUGAUUUGUUGCACUUUUUCAUCACACGUGGUUUCCUUCAUUAAAGAGUCAAGUUUACAUUUUACAAAUUAAAAAUUAUAUUCAACAGGCGUUCCUCCUAGUAUCCCAACAGCAGGUCCUCGGUUCCAUGCGGGUAGUUUCAUUGGCGGUAUGAUGCUGGCCUUUAUCAUCAUUCUAGCCGUCACUCUGGGCUACAAGGUGGCCUGCUCUCAACGGGAGGUGCGUUACAGAGCCAUGUGAGUAUCAUCAGAGCACUUUCAUGAGGUGUGUUUGACUGUCCAAAUUCAGUGAUAGGAUGUCCUACCUGCCUGUCAACAUAUGUAUUUCCAUACCUCCGCACACCCUGCUCAUGCAGACAUCACACGUCAUCAGUGCGUUCUGUAAGGCUAUGCAGAGUUGUAGACAGACGUCAGUCACAGAGUGCCACAAACAGCAGCCGCCUUUUACAGUUCCUCCUGAACCAAAACAAUGAGCUUAUGCUGCGUUCACGCCACAUCGUAACCAUAAUUACGAGAUGGCAACCAGUGACGUUCUACCGGGAGCUGUUCACAUCCUCAGACUCGGAUUUUUGCGGUUUUAUGUCAACACUAUCAACGCCGAAAUGAAUCUGCAGCAGUCAGGUGAUACAAGUCAAAUCUCUGUAAGCUGUUUACAUUCAUUCAUUUUUGUAAUAUUAUGUGCUUUGAGACAUGAGGUAAUUUAACGCAGUCUCUCGUCUCGUGAUGCUUUGGAGACUCUGUGCACGUUCAUGUGUUUUGGAGGAGGUGUGGCUUUGGAGAGAGAACUCUGAAGUAGGGGUUGACCGUUUAUCGGCGCCGAUAUUAAGCAUUUUUAUGGUUAUCGGUAUCAGUCAUUUUCAAAAUCGAUUUGCCGAUAAAAUAAUUUAAUUUUGAAAUGUGCUAUUUGGCUCUGAUGCAGCCAUCUCUGUUGGAACUCAUUUGUUGCUUGUUGUUGUUUACUUUAAUUUUUACAAAAUGUUUACAGAAUGUUGCUGGGUGCUCCUUGCACUUUUAAUGUUAUUAUCAAUAUUAAUGUUAUUAUUAACAGUUCUUAAAAUUAAAGAUUUGUUUAAAAGCAUUUAAAGCAAGUUUUUGUUAGAGCCCUUGUUAUUCUUAAUUUUGACAUUAAUUUUAAUUUUUACACCAGACAUAUAUAUAUAUCGGUUUAAAAUAUCGGUUAUCGGUUUACUUGAUCUGUAAUAAUCGGUAUCGGCCCUGAAAAGCAUAUCUAUCGAUCCCUACUCUGAAGGGAGGGUGCGAUCUCAUGCUUUCAAAGCUAGCUAUUGCUCUCAAAGCACAUAACAUUACAAAAAUGAACGUAAACAACUUACUCUUACAGACUGCUACAGAUUCAUGUUGGCGUUGAUAGUGUUGACAUAAGCUAGAAACGCAUAAAUCCGAGUCUGAGGACGUGAACCGGAGCGGGUAGAACUUCACGGGUUGCUAUUUUGUAAUCACGGUUCCGACAUGGCGUGAACGCAGCAUAAGCUUGUUGUUUUGGUUGGGGAGGAGCUGUAAAGUUGGCUGCUGUUUGUUUGUGGCACUCGGUGACUGACGUCUGUCUACAACUCUGCAUAGCCUCCUGAAACAUGCUGAUGACGUGUGAUGUGUUUAUUCUGACACCAUCAGUUUGGCUAAUGCUCACAAAUCUGUUUUUAUAACAGUAAAUGCUAUUUUAAAUGUAUUCGUAUAAUGUUAUAUUGUCAUGUUUAUCGAAAUAAAACGGAUUAAAAAAAAUAGAUCCCACUUUAUUGGUAUUUAAAUAGUAUGUUGAACUUUAUUCUUGUACAUACAGGCGCUGUAUUUUCUGCUGCUACAUAAAAACGCCCGAAAUGUCUGUGUGUUCUAUUCUGCUUCAUCUCUGAUACACACAGCCGAAGUCGAACACACCUUUUGUUUUUUGCAGUGUUUUUACAUUUACAUAAUUGCUCGUUUAAAAAAACAUGAGGAUAUCCAGAUAUGAUGUGAUGAGUUUGUAAAUCAUGUACCUACUUCUCAAUUAUGUAUUACACAAGCCAUGUUUUAUAUAUGUUCAUAAUAAUAUAACCUUGCAAAUAUAUAUUUCAUGUCAUUCAGUGAGGAACAUGAUGCCAUCAUUUAAAAUGGAGCCGCUGAGGAAAUACAGAUCAAAACAUCAUGAUCUGAAGAGAAAGUUUUCACCUUAACAUGGUUAAUAUGCAUAUGAAAGUGUAUGAUGUGUUUGAUACAUUUUAUAUUUUAAGCUUAAAUAGGUUGUCCUCUUUUAGCAGCAAUUUUUACAUUUUAUUAGUGAAAAUUUGAACUCAAAUGUAUUUGUGAUUUCUUGUCUAAUUUAGUAUUUGUACUUAAACUAGACUAUCUAUACUAGUGUGUAAAAUAUGAACCUGUUAAAGUCUUUUUAAAGAGAUAUGAGAGAAAUUAUUUUGACUAUCUUUUAGUGUUGUUCAGGGAAUUAAAAAAAAAAGUUUAUGGUAUUUUUUUUUUUUUUAUAAAAGUUGGUUUUCCUAUAGUAUAUUUGAAAUGUAUUGAUAGUUUCAUGUACGGUAGUGAAAAUGAUCCAAUAAAGUGGUUUAGUCUAAUGCUGUGGGCUGCAUGUUGUACAUUUUCCUCACACACAAUUCACAAUAAAUGUCUAAUAAUAUUGUUUGCUCAUAAUGCAUGAAACGUCACAAGUAUCCGAUAAAAGACAGUAUCUACCAAAGUAUAUACUUUAUUCCAGGCCAAUUUUAAAGUAAUAUGUAAAGAAGAUAUAAUGUAACAGAACUUAAGGUUCUAAGGUACAUGCACAUACAUUGAUUAAAAAAAAAAAAAAAAAAGAAAAAACAAACAAA